AUGAUGAGUGUAAACCAGCUGGCUGGUUUAGUCUUCAUAGGGGUCCUGGGCUUGACCCUCUCGGAGAAACUGUUCCACAGUCGGGAUCACUCGGAUGUAGAAAUGUCCUCGUCUCCCGCGGCCGAGCUCAUCACUGAUCCUGACACUGCUCAGUAUGGAUUCAUGAAGCCAGUGAAUUGGGAAAGCCCUGAUGUUGCCACUUUAACUGUUGAUGACAUCUUCUUAGAAGACACAGCGACUCUUGUUCACGAAGGGGCUUCCUCGCCCCGCUCAGAAAACACCCAACAUUCCUCGGAGUCGCCGGACUUCAUAAGAGCUCUGCUGGAGUUCCAGCACGUGUCUGGUUUACCCGCGACAGGUGUGUUUGAUGACGCUACCAAAGUGGCCAUGAACAAACCGAGAUGUGGCGUCCCGGACAAAGACGAGGACCAUCAUGAGACCAUGAAGUCCACCAUUACUGAGAAUAUAUCCUCUGAACUUUUGAACACCACAGAGACACCACAAAGUAACGAUACAGACAUUGAAAUAGUUCGGAACAGCACUUCUGACAAGGACGGGAAAGAAAAACAGCACCAUCUACAGGCACUAGUGCAUAAGAGCAUUAGGAGGAAAAGAAGCACCAGUGCAUUGUGGGGACACGCUGCAUUCUCCAAGAGUGUCCUCACAUGGCGACUGAUUGGGGAAGGCUACAGCAACCAGCUCUCGGUGGACGAGCAACGCUACAUCUUCAGGCUGGCCUUUAGGAUGUGGAGCGAAGUCUCACCUCUGCAGUUCAUAGAGGAUCUGCUGUCACCGUUGGACGAGAUUGACAUCAGACUGGGCUUUGGCACAGGUCGACACUUCGGGUGCUCUCAGAGGUUCGACGGCGCUGGAAGGGAGUUUGCUCACGCUUGGUUUCUGGGUGACAUCCAUUUCGAUGAUGACGAACAUUUCACGGCCCCGAAUACAGGAAAUGGGAUCAGCCUGCUUAAGGUAGCCGUGCAUGAGAUCGGCCACGUGCUGGGCCUACCUCACAUUUACCGUGCAGGAUCCAUCAUGCAGCCCAGCUAUCGGCCGCAGGAUGACGGAUUUGAGCUUGACUGGCUUGACAGGAAGGCCAUUCAGAACCUCUACGGAGGGUGCGGCGGUCGGUUCAGCACCGUAUUCGAUUGGAUCCGAAAAGAGCGAACUUCGUACGGUGAAGUGGUCAUACGCUUCAACACCUACUUCAUGCGUAACGGUUGGUACUGGCUUUAUGAGAACCGGAGCAACAGAACACGUUACGGAGAUCCGGUCUCCGUGCAGGUUGGCUGGCACGGGCUGUCUACCGGCGUAGAUGCCUACGUGCACGUCUGGAGCCGCAACAUGGACGCAACAUAUUUUUUUAAAGGAGCGCGGUAUUGGAGAUAUGACUACGAGAAUGAUCAGGUUUUUUCAGAAGACUCGGACGGCCAGCGUUACCCUCGUCUCAUCUCCGAGGGCUUUCCUGGCAUCCCAAGCCCCAUCGAUACAGCCUACUAUGACAGAAGAGAUGCUCACAUCUACUUCUUCAGAGGUUCCAUGGUUUACAGGUUCAACGUCCAAGCGAACAAGCUAGAUCCUAAAUCUCCUCAAAAAAUGACGGAGCUUUUUCCUGCCCUGAUGCCCGGAGACCAUCCGACGAGUAAUCUGGAUGCCGCAUAUUUCUCGUACACUCACAACGCGCUCUUUCUCCUGAAGGGUGCCUCCUACUGGAGGGUGGUGGGAAGGAGGGAGCGCAAGACGAAGCGAUCGCUUCCCUACAACAGCCUGCUGGGAAGACGAGAAGUUAAGCAACAGUGGUUCGACAUUUGUGAUGUCCAUGCCAGCGCUCUGAGGACUAACCGGCGGUGACGGAAGGGUCUGCGCAAGAAUGAUCAUCGCCCACAAUGCUUGUUUAAUUCCGAUCCUUUUUUGGCUUUUCUGUAAACUUUUUACAAAACACAGAUGCAGCUCUCUGGAUUAAGCAAAAACUGAAGAAUACCUCCUUAGAUUGUACAGAGUGCAGGGACACAGAAAACUCUGGAACUAGGAGUUGGCGAUGCUGGGGCAUCAGCGAUUGUUUGGAACCAGUGUGAGC